CUUGGAAUACUUACACUUGUGCUAGCAAGUUGAUUGCUCCGUUAGUUUCAUAGGUUGAUAUCAAUUUUCGUUGCGCGCGAUGAGGUGCUUCUCCUUCUCUCGCCUCGCCGCCUCCUGCAAAGCCCGCCUCCAUCAAACCCUCCGCUCCCACCCUCUGCGAUCGGACGCCUCCGGAGAUCGCCUUCGUUCUUUUGCCCGCGCCGCCCUCAUCCCCCUUGCCGUCGCCGCCUCCGCCGGCGCCGCCCUCGCCUUCGACCCCUUUCGCCUCACGGCCUCCUCUUCCCUCUGCGAUCCCGGCCUCGAUCUCCGCCUCGGAGGGAAAGAUAGCACUGAUCUGGUGGCGAAGGGUAUUCAUAGGAAGGUUUCCAAUGAGUUCAUCCAGGAGUUGAAGGAUAUUCUACGGGACAACAUGACACUGGACUAUGAAGAGCGGUGCUUUCAUGGGAAGCCGCUGAACAGCUUCCACAGAGCUGUGAAUGUUCCUGAUGUGAUUGUCUUCCCGAGAUCACAGGAUGAUGUCCAGAAAAUUGUAAUAGCUUGUAAUAAGUACAAGGUUCCUAUCGUUCCAUAUGGUGGAGCAACUUCACUUGAGGGGCAAACUUUAGCCCCUCAUGGAGGUGUAUGCAUUGACAUGUCACUAAUGAAAAAAUUUAAAUCACUCAAUGUUGAUGACUUGGAUAUAGUUGUUGAGCCAGGGAUUGGAUGGAUUGAACUGAAUGAGUAUUUGAAGCCAUAUGGCCUUUUUUUCCCACUAGAUCCAGGGCCUGGGGCUACUAUAGGAGGUAUGUGUGCUACACGCUGCUCUGGUUCUUUAGCUGUAAGGUAUGGAACAAUGCGAGAAAAUGUCAUCAAUCUUCAGGCUGUUCUAGCAAACGGUGAGGUUGUCAAGACUGGUUCACGAGCUCGAAAGAGUGCUGCUGGAUAUGAUUUGGCUCGCUUGUUGAUUGGAAGUGAAGGCACUUUAGGUAUAAUAACAGAAGUUACACUGCGACUUCAAAGGCUUCCUCAACAUUCAGUGGUUGCAAUGUGUAAUUUUCAGACAAUAAAGGAAGCUGCUGAUGUUGCCAUAGCCACAAUGCAUUCUGGGAUACAGGUCUCAAGGGUUGAGCUCUUGGAUGAGGUUCAAGUAAAGGCAAUUAACAUAGCAAAUGGGAAAAAUUUACCUGAAGUCCCAACCUUGAUGUUUGAAUUUAUAGGCACAGAAGCAUAUGCACAAGAACAAAUGCUGAUUGUACAAAAGAUUGUCUCAGAACAUAAUGGCUCCGAUUUUGUUUAUGUAGAAGAUGCUGAGGCUAAAGAGGAACUCUGGAAGAUAAGAAAGGGGGCACUUUGGGCUUGCUAUGCAAUGGCGCCUAAUAAUUACGAGGCAAUAACUACGGAUGUAUGUGUUCCUUUGUCAAGGCUGGCAGAAUGUAUAUCAAAAUCUAAGCAAGAGCUUGAUGCAUCUCCAUUGUUGUGCAUGGUCAUAGCUCAUGCUGGUGAUGGAAACUUCCACACAGUUAUUAUAUUUGAUCCUGAUCAAGACGAACAAUGCCAAGAAGCAGAGAGACUGAACCAUUUUAUGAUUCACACUGCCUUAUCCAUGGAAGGAACAUGUACAGGAGAGCAUGGUGUUGGUACUGGGAAAAUGAAGUAUCUGGAGAAGGAGCUUGGUACUGGGGCAUUAAGAACAAUGAAAAGAAUAAAGUCGGUCUUAGAUCCCAACUAUAUCAUGAAUCCAGGGAAGCUGAUUCCUCCUCAUAUCUGUAUAUAGUGCAAAAGUAUCUGUCAGCCAUCUCCAACAAAAGAAGUUAAAAUAUUAUGUAUUUUAUGUGCCAAAAUAUCUGUAAUCAGAAUAUUGGAGUCCUUCGUUUAACAUAUUUACUAUAAAUCUUGCUUAGGACAUGCCUUCUUGUUUUUUAUUAUUUUUGGUUUUUUAGAUGCCUGUGGGUAAUUAGUUUUACGAAGAUUUGAAUCAGGUCCUCCCAUGACCUAUGGUCCCUGUUUAA